ACCGGCUUACAUAGGGCGGAGCGCGGCGUGUCCUUGGGCUGAGACGCCGGGCGGUGCAGGAGGUACCAGUGUUGUGGUCACCGUUGUGGGUGAAGCGUCAGCAGGGCGGCUGGACAGGCAGUACUGAAAAUGGGAGAUAUCGAGAAGGGCAAGAAGAUAUUUGUCCAGAAAUGUUCCCAGUGCCAUACAGUUGAAAAGGGGGGCAAGCACAAGACUGGUCCCAACCUGAAUGGCCUGUUUGGACGCAAGACUGGCCAGGCAGAGGGCUUCUCUUAUACGGAUGCUAAUAAGAAUAAAGGCAUCACCUGGGGUGAGGAUACUCUGAUGGAGUAUUUGGAAAAUCCAAAGAAGUACAUCCCAGGAACAAAGAUGAUUUUUGCGGGUAUUAAGAAGAAAUCUGAGAGACAAGACUUAAUAGCAUACCUCAAAUCUGCCACUGCAAAGUAAAAGUGAUCUGCUGCCUUAUUUAUUUCACAAAGGAGACGGCAAUGGAAAUGUCUGUGAUGAGAUUGGUUUUUAAACUUUCUAUUUUUACAUGUAUUGCAUCUAACCUUAAAGUCUGUCUCACCCAUCAGAUAACACUGCUUACGGUGGGUCACUGGAGUACACACUUGUUUGGCAGCCAUUAACUGAAACUAUGUAAUCUGAUUGAUUUAGAUAACUUAUGUUGUUCAGUCAUUCUUGAUCAUAAAAUUAAAACAAAAUAAAAGAAACAUUU